UGUACUUAUAUUUUUUUUUACACUAUAAAUUGAUAUUUAUUAAAUCGUGAGCUGAUAAUUAUGUAAACGUUUCUGAUACUUUGAUAGUGACAGUGUUCAAAAUGAGAGGUUUAGGGUUACUUCUAGUUAUUCAGGUGAUCAUGGCGCUUGAUAUUACAAGAAAAGACGAUAGCAACGAUAAUUACAGCAUUGGGCCAGCAAUAAGGAAAUUCCCAGAAAAUGUAAAAUUUGGUGUCGCCACAGCUGCUUUUCAAAUUGAAGGUGGAUGGAAUGCUGCAGAUAAAUCACCAAGUAUUUGGGAUGUAUUCUCAAAACCUGGUAAUGUAAUUGACAACACAACAGGCGAUGUAGCUUGCAACUCAUAUGAAUACUACAAGCGAGAUGUACAAAUGGUUAAAUUUCUUGGAGUCGACUUUUACAGGUUCUCAAUAUCUUGGUCAAGAGUUUUGCCAAAUGGUUUUGAUAACAAAAUCAGUACGGAUGGAAUGAAUUAUUACAAUAAUUUGAUUAAUGAAUUACUUCAAAAUGGUAUUGAGCCAGUAGUGACAAUGUUCCACUGGGAUUUGCCACAAAGACUCCAAGAUUUAGGGGGGUGGGCCAAUCCUUUAAUAGUGGAUUGGUUUGGAGCUUACGCUAGGGUACUGUACACACUUUUUGGGGACAGAGUCAAAACAUGGAUAACUGUGAAUGAGCCUAAGCAGUUUGGGAUUUUCGGAUAUGGCAUGAAGAGGUUUGCUCCCGGGAUAAAUGCUACUGGCAUUGGUGAAUAUAUGGCGGUAAAAAAUAUACUGCUAGCUCACGCCAAAGCCUGGCAUAUUUAUGAUAAAGAAUUUAGAGCAGAACAAAAAGGUAUUUGUGGAAUUACAAUAGCAACAGACUUCCGUGAAGGUAUCCCGAAUUCACCUGAUGAUGUUGAACCUGGUGAAAUUGCUAUGGAUUUCGAAGUAGGUUUAUACAGUCACCCAAUUUUUACUGAUAAGGGAGGAUUUCCCCCAAGAGUCAUAAAGAGAAUCGCUGAGAGAAGUGCUGAGCAAGGAUUUGCAAAAAGCAGGCUGCCAGAACUAAGUGACGAAGAAAUUAAGUAUAUUAAAGGUACAAGCGAUUUUUACGGGUUUAACCACUACUCAACAAAAUUUAUCACCACUGAAGGCUAUCAACCUGGCAAAUACCCGAUACCCUCGUAUGAAGACGACAUAGGAGCUGUUGGUACUUAUUUAGACUAUGAGAGAGGGGCCGUUAUACACUGCACUGUGAUACCAAAAGGAAUAAGGAAAGCACUCAAAUGGGUAAAAGAGAAUUGUAACAACCCGCCGAUCAUGAUCACGGAGAACGGUUUCGGAACAUAUAAAGGUCUAGACGACAAGAAGAGAAUAGCUUACUACCAAAAGUAUUUAAACUCUAUACUAGAUGCGAUGGAGCUGGACGGGUGUAAUGUCACGCAAUACACGGCUUGGAGUCUCAUGGAUAACUUCGAAUGGGAUAGUGGGUUAAGUGUUAAAUUCGGUCUCUUUGAGACGGACUACGAAGAUGAAUGGAAAACUAGGACCGCAAGAUUAUCAGCACUGUGGUACAAACAUUUUGUUGCGACGAAAUCACUCGACAAGAAUUAUAAGCCAACAUUGGAAAAAGUAUCUUUUUAAACCGUUAAUACACUAAGGCCUGUUUCACUUCGUACAACUACCCGACACAUAAACCAGGUAGAAAUCACACGCUAAUCCAUGCUCCAAACUAAAUGGUAAUAAAAUGAAUACUUUCUACAUUAAAAGUCUUAGUUAUAAACUUGUUUUAGCGUUAAGAGGUGGUUAAGAAUUAAAUAGCUGUCAAAAACAUCACCGGUCCUUAGUUUAAAUCAAUAAAGAGGCAAGAUGGCGGGUUUUGACUUACAACAGAUCUAGUAAAUUUGUAUUGUAACUAAGCAUAGCUUUGCGAAAUAUUUAUAAGUAAGGCUGUAACUGUUUAACACGAUAGCUAUUAAACGAAAUUUACUAGAAAUUUGGAAAACUGGCCUCAAACGUUACCAAGCGUUUAGCCCAUCUUUAUGCCGGUAUGCACUUAAUUUCUAUCGUAGAUAAUACUUAACCUAAUAAUGAAAAUAAAAAUCGCGUUCUGGUAGUGCCAUUUCUGCUUUUUUGUGUUAAUAUCAGUGCAAGAAAUUAGUUCCAUAUUUUACCGCAACAUGGCGAAGUUUUUUAUUUUUGUGGUUCAAGUACAACAUAUAGCAAUGGUCGAUGUAGUUAGCCACCAUAGCUGAAUAAUUUCAAAACGUUGCUAAAUUUAUCUACAAUCAAAAUAUUAUUUUGCUAUAUUUCAAGUAAAGGCAACCAUUUGACAUUUAUUUAACUAAAGAAAAACGAUUUUUGAUAAGGGCACGAAAGUUUAAAGACGAUUUGAAAUUGAAUUAACUACUUUUGUAGCUGACUGCAAAUAAUUAAUCGAGGGUUGUGUCGUAUUUCGUUUUGAAACCUAAAUUAGGCGGGUGUACAGAACUAUCAAGUUUUAACUUUAGGCUGUCUUAUUUAAGACUUAAAUUAAAUAAAAUGUAAUUGAAAAGGGAGUAAUUGAAUAUUAGUGUACAUUACAUUAUUGCAUUUUAAGGCUGUUUUAGAACGGCAGGGUCACGAAGUAUUUUUGCUCAGUGUGAACUGAGCUUACUUUCUGUAUAUUAUCAGGGUGUACGUAAAUGUUAAAUAUCAUUGUUAUUCAGAAAACAAACCAUUUUACACAUGUUAA